AUAAAAGGGCUCUGUUGAUACUUUCAUCAAUAAAUCUGUGGCUCAUUCACCAGGCGCAGUGCACGCGCCGCGCCCGCGCGACCGCUCGUCUCUCACACACACAUACCUCAGUAACAUACUAAAAGUGAAUACAGUGAUAUAGUUACUGGCACCUUGAAGUCAGUCACCGGCCUAUCGCCCCGCUACCCACAUCCCGUUAGCGCAGGUCACACGGGUCAGUGAACCAUGACGGUGCUUCCAACAGACUUCGUGUUCUCGAGCUCCAGCAUCAAGAAGGAACCCACCCCGUCCCCUGUGCUAGCCUACUGCGUGCAACACUGGCGCGCCGUGCUGGCUGAGGGCAUAUCCACUGCGCUGCUGCUGCUUGUGGGCUGCAUGGCGUGUGUGCCUCUAGAAGGCGAAGAUCCUGUUUCACCGUCGUAUGUGCCGAUAACGUUUGGGCUGGUGGUGAUGUUCAACAUCUGCACGUUCGGGCACAUAUCAGGCGCGCACAUGAACCCGGCGGUGACGCUGGCGGCGGUGGUGUGGGGCGAGACAGGCGCGCUGCUCGGGGCGCUGUACGUGGCGGCGCAGGUGGGCGGCGCGCUGCUCGGCUACUCCGCGCUGCUGCUGGUGUCGCCGCGCGGGACCGCCGCCGCUGCCGCCUGCGUCACCGAACCGCACGCGCAGUUAAACUCCGCACAAGCGUUCGGCGUCGAAGUCAUCCUAACAGCCGUGCUAGUCCUCCUCUGCUGUGGCGUGUGGGAUGCAAAACAAGACUCGGGGCCGCUGAAGUUCGGCGCGGCGGUGGCGGGGCUGUCCCUGGCCGGCGGGCGGCUGUCCGGGGCCAGCAUGAACCCAGCCCGGUCGCUCGCCCCGGCGCUGCUCACCAACUCCUGGACCCGCCACUGGGUCUACUGGGUCGGACCUCUCAUGGGCUCAGCGCUAGCUGUCUCGCUCUACAAGUAUGCGCUGUAUAAGAAGCCCAAGGUUCCACAGGAGCAGGCGACGAUAGAGUACUGAGUGACGGUGUGUGAGGAGUGAGGACCUGGAGUGUUGUGACGUCCGUGUGUGUGAGAUGCCUCUUGGUGGAGGACAAUGGGAGAUGACCAAGUAGUAAUGAUACUAGAACAGCAGUCUUGGCGUCGCGGUCGUGUUUAUUUGCGUCUUGACAUCGUGGUCUAUA